UCGGAGUCAGUUGCUCUUAUGCUUGCCAGACAUUAACAACAACCACGCCGGGCUGUUGCAGUGCGAGCCUCGUGACUCGAACGUCACAGGUGAUUCGAAAUAAUUCGAUAUUUUUUUCAUGGCAAUUCUACCUGUGCGCACCUGGCUAACAACCCUUCAGCAAUCGUUUCUUGAUUGACUAUAAUCGAGGAAGAGAAAAGUGAUGCGAACAUUUACUGACAGUUGCGUUUGUGGAUUGUGACGAUCGUGUUUUCCAAAUGACUGGAUGAAUAAUAGAAGAAAAAUUUUGGAAAAUAAUUUUCCAUAUCAUUCGAGAAGUGUCAUCAGUGAUAUUUGACAGAAAUAAAAUAAUCUACUCGUUCAGUGAGUGAUUCCCCGAGUGACAGUGAUCCAAGUAUCGUACUUCCUUAUUCGAAGGGAACAGUAAUUAAUUAAAGGAUUGUUCGAGUUCUUCGAGUACGACAAUCGAUGUGGAAGAAUGUGGAAAAUGAAAGUCUAAAAUUGACGAAUUUAUUGGUAGGAUCGCGGAUGUUGUCAGGAUCGAGAGAACAAUGACGAUGGACAGUUGAAGAUACCAUUUACGAAAAUUCUGCGGAGGGUGAUCGAGGGCUCGUCUCCGGGGGGGUUGUGGAUAUUAUGUUAGCAAAGGGAUUAUGCGUGUUUCUGAAGGUGUUGGCGUUGGCGGGAAGCGUCUCGGCGUUUCUGCCAGAAGAUCUCGAGGAUCGGGCAACUCCUGCUAAUCUCCAAGAAGAAUGCGCCUCGAAAUGUCCGGACCUCGAUUUGAACCAGAAUCGAACGGACGACUUAAGUUCAGAGGUGGGGUGUGGAGUACGAUGCAAGAUCGACCAGUGCACAAAAGGCUGUGGAGCGUGGCAACGAGCACUCGACACGAGCUGUCAAGCCGUCUGCAAUGGAACGCAAGAACUGCUGCCGCCCAAGGAACUCUAUUGUGUUCUGGGUUGUCACGACGCGCUAAAUCGUUACUUCCAACAAUUGAAAGCGGAAAUCGGCAUCCCACCCGCGCCGGCUCUGGUGGCGGACUCGUUGACCGCAACAUCUCUGAGGCUCGAAUGGAAAGGAAUAGACAUCGAAAGACGCGGAGGAGGAAUCUCGUAUCUGGUGCAAUGGAGGUACGAAGAACUGGCUGAAACUUGGCAGUACUGCAGAAAUCAAUCUUGGGGGGAAGAUGAUCAGAUCUUGGUGGAGAACUUGCAGCCGUACACGAAGUACAGAUUUCGCGUAGCGUUACUCUUAAAAUCAUCGCAACACAAUCCCGAGCCGAUCGUCUCCGCUCCGAGCGUCGUGAUACGAACGCUGGCAGAGGGUUUACCGACCUCAGCACCGGUAAUUGUAAGAGCGGCGGUGGUUGACAGCUGCCGUGUCUCUGUGUCUUGGGAACCAGGUCCAUUUCCAAACGGGCCACUUUUGUCUUAUGUCCUGCGACUGCAAGGGGCUGACUACUCCCAGCUUAAGGAUAUACCAGCGUCAGAGAAUACUACAUGUCUCAAAAUCAUGGGUCACUACAUGUUUCAAAAUCUCGAGCCGAAUCAAAAUUAUUCCAUAAGCGUAACUAUGAGAAACGGUGUCGGCGAGGGUCCUUCUGCGGUCACUUGCAUUACAACAACCCCGGAACCGGCUGUGAAAGACACGCAACAACCAAUUCUAAUUCUCGGAGGGCAACACGUAGUCAUGAAGCAGGACGCGGACAUGCUUGACGAUCCCAGCGUGAUUUACGAGAACCCGAGUACGAUUUGUGGUGUCGCGAUCCACGUUGCUUCCGCCCAGCUUUUCGUCUCUGAUUCCAUGGGAUACGUGUACAGAACGUCCCUCGAGAAACGAACGAAACCGACAGUGAUACUGAGCCCCAGUCAAACUAACUUCAAACCGUUAAGCCUGUCCGUCGAUUGGCUGAACCUGCAUUUAUACAUUCUGGGCGAGGUGAAACACGCGACGAUUUGGCAGAUAGCAAGAUGCAAUUUAGAUGGAAGAGGUUUGACUGUUGCCGUGGCUGGUUCCUUAAUGCAACCCACUCACAUCGAAGUAGACCCGUACAAUGGAUACUUAUUCUGGGUGAACAAGUGCGGUUUGUACAGAUUGGAUCUGGCUGACAUUAGCAACGGAGUGAAACACGAGGUUCAGCCUUAUUUAAUCCUGGAAGAAGCUUAUUUGAACGCAUUCACUGUAGACCACACGAACUUUCAGUUGUUAGUCCCUAGUCACAUUAAUAACACGGUGAGGUCACUUUCCCUGGAUGGUCGGGAGCUGUUCAAUAUCCGUAACAACACUCAGCAACCGAAAUUCAAGAAUGUAAUCUCUUUAGCAAUGGCGAACGGUUUGUUUUACUUUACCAACGGGGAGGAGGUAUUGAUAGAAGGAUAUCAUUCAGGACAGAACAGAUAUUUUCAUAAUGCCUAUCCUGAUAGGUCGAACGGUUCAUUUAUCAGUGUCAAUGUACUUAUGGACGCGAGCCAGCCCAUUCCUGUUCCGGUGAAUCCUCCCACGGGUGUCCAAGCUGUUCUCGGGGUAGAGAGGGCCAAAGUUUCUUGGCAAGCGCCUCAUUUGUUGGGCGGUCAGGGUAAGGGCGCUUGGCAGAAUUGGUCCUACGAGCUCGAGAUCAAGGACGAGUCCACUGGGGAGACGAUCCAUCAGAAAGAUAUCGCCGGAUCGUCUCACACUGUGCAUAAUCUUCGAGAGAAAUCAGAGUAUUCGAUCAAAGCUGCCGCUUAUACCAGCGCUGGCAGAGGACCGUGGUCCACCGAAUUCAGGGGACGAACGUUAAGAGACGGAUCACACGCGUCCAUUCUUUGGUCCGCGAACGAAGGUCUCCUAAGAAGCGACGUAACUGGUGAGAAUAUCGAAACUCUGAUAUACAAAGCGAGUUUAAAAGAAGCAGAGACCGACUAUCAUAUCGUCGACGUCACUUGGCACAAGGAUGUUCUAUAUAUCGUGGGAAAUAAUUCCGCGUUGUACCGAUACAAUGUCACUAGCCAUCAGAAGAGCAAGAUGAACAUUCAUUCCGUCGGUAGCGUGGCUGUUGACUGGCUAUCGAGAAAAUUAUACUGGGCUAAUCCGAAGCAACAAAUUAUUACAAGAGCAAAUUUAAAUGGAUCUCAUCAGGAACCUAUGUCAAUUUUAGCCAUAGUUAAGGAAUUAAUGAUCGAUUCUUUGGAGGCGUAUUUAUAUUGGUCCACAGGUCAUGCGGUUGAAGUAGCGCGCUUAAAUGGACAGGAUAGAAGAUACUAUCAUUCUGACGAGAUAUUCAAUGGCAAACAAGUGAUGGGUUUAACGUUGGACACAGAAAACAGAUACGUUUAUUGGAUUGUUCGUAGUUAUGAGAGUGGAUCGAUUGUCUAUCGUGCACCAACGUCAGAAAGGAUCCCUAUGAGUCACAAAAUUGUGCCUGAGAAGGUGUCAGCCCUGCAGCAUCCAAACAUGCAAGGCUCUUUGUGUUACUUUUCAGAGCACCUUUUCUGGCUGCAAGACGAUCGAAACGCAGUGAUAGGCGAUCUGUCAGGUCAGAACACAGCUGUGAUAAAUGGCAUCGCUCUAUCGGGCCUUCGUAUGGUAGCCGUGAUGGAUCCAGCUCUUCAUCAAUACCCAAAGAAUCUAACAUCAGAGACGGUGGUCGUUCUACCAAACGCGGUUAAUUACAGUAGCAUCAGAGUUGAAGGGAUCUGGAGGAACUUCAACAUAUCCUGGGACCCUGUGGAGAACAUCAACUACGGCACUGUAUUCUACGAAGUGAAAUUCGCAGACUACAUAAACACGAAUUCGAAUCCAGAGAUCACGACUGAGACUUCGAUGCCUUACAACAACUCGGAACAGAUUCUACCUUAUUCGGUCCUGGAGGUGACAGUGAAAGCGUUCACUUACUGGGAAACUGCACACCAUACCAGGAAGAUAUUAAGAUCACCGCAAAGUGUGCCGACCCAACCAACCAAUCCCAGAGCCUUCAUAGAGUUCCACAAAGAACCACUGAGCGAGAACGUAGAUAUAUUCGCGAUAUUCAGAUGGGACCAACCAGAGUUCACUAAUGGUUUGAUCACUGGGUACACAGUUCAAUGUUGGUUCAUAGAGAACCACACAGAGAUCCAAAUCUGCGAUAACUCUUUGAUUCCUGCGUCAUUACUGGAGCACACUGUGCAAGAUCUCUUGCCAAACACAACUUACUACUUCCAAGUUCGAGCGCAUACCGAGAUCGGCGCAGGGCCGUACACGGAUGUGAUAAACAUUUCAACGAUAUACGAGAAUCCGGUACCCCAACUGUUAGUAGCUACGCUGGAUGCGGUUAGGGUAUCGGAUCUAGAUCAAGAAGUAAAUUACACGAUCACUCGACACAUUGCCAUCGAGGUGGCCUAUCUAGCUGCGGAGAGUAAAAUCUAUUGGAUAAACGAGAUGCAAGAGUUGGUCACUUCGGAGUUGAACGGUGCGAAUGCCACGAAAAUGUUGGCAUUGAACAACAGUGCUCUUAGUAUAACCGUCGAUUGGGUGGCGAGGAACUUGUAUUGGUCCGAAUCGAGCUACAUAGAAAACGAAGGUCGUAUCAUGAAGUUAGAUUUGACCACCUGGCAAGUUGGUAUUCUUAAGUACGAGAAUAUCGUUACGACGAAUAGGCGCAUAGUGAACCUUGACGUGUUACCAUCUACAGGAUCACUGUACUGGAUAGAAUUAACGAAGAAGGACAUCGGAGUGAUAAUGCAAUCAGAUUUGAAUGGAAAAUCGAAUCAAUUGUUCUUCAAUCACACAGACGACUGCUCUUGUCCGUACAGACCGUCGGUGAUUCCCGUGAUGACGAUCGACAGCACGAACUAUCAGAAACCAGUCAUGUACUGGAUCUCCCUGGAAGGGCACCUAAACAUCGCUGACAUCAAUGGUUGCACUUGCAGCUUGAUAGUGAGCGCGAGCUUCAACAAAGGCCUGCCACCGACCUCGUUAACAGUCGACAAGAUGAACAUCUAUUGGUCCAAUAUCGCGGAGGAUCAGAUUUACUUCGUAAAUAAAAAGUACCCUGACGAUGAAGAUAUCAAGCAUUUCUAUCUGCCAACCGUGCGCAGCAUAAAAGCUCUUGGGAAAUCAUUGCAAUCCUAUCCCAUAACGAAUUGCUUGAUACCCCAUCAGGUGUCCUACAACGUCGAAGAAUCCAAUAAAACAGCGAAUACUAUCACUGUGAAGCUUCCUCGACCUGUACCUCAGUUCGAUUGCAAGGAAUACAAUUUACCUACGACACUGUACACGAUAUACGUGUCUCCGUGCUUGGAAAAUGAUCCUAACAUGUGCAAGGACACUGACAGAACAAAGUUGCAGACAUACGAAACUGAGUAUCAAAUAAAGAAUCUGAAGCCUUUCACGAAGUACAGAUUGAAACUGGCAUUGAGCAAUUACUAUGCUGAUUUAGAAUCGAUGAGCUUAGAGUUUGGCUCUGGCGUGGUACUGAGAACCGGAGCUGGUGCUCCGACUGCUCCAGAAAACGUAACUGUCGAGGCUCUGACCCCAACGUUGGCCAUCGUUUAUUGGAUGCCUCCAAAGAUACUAAACGCUGCUGCUGUCCGAUACGAAAUACAUUGGAAGCUAGAUAGCCUGAUAAACGGGGCACGACAAAAGGGAGAACAGUUGAUAAAGGGCAACGAGCGCACCGCGGAUGGUCGAUUCUUUAGCAUGCUCGAACCAUGGUUGCCUGGUCAGAAGUAUAAAGUGUUCGUCCGUGCCUAUCCUGCUGAAUCUAACGACAAUUAUAGCGAGAGUCUUGGCAAACCGGUGACAAUGUACCCGGAGCCUAAUAAAAUAUUCUUAACUGGGGUCAGUUUGGACAGUCUGAAUGUAACUUGGACGCCAACCGUGAAUCAAGUCAAAUACACUUUAGAGUAUAAAGAUGUUGCCAUGGAGGACUGGCAAGUGGCGAAUGAUUCUAAAAUGUACAAAAACAAAGUGACUUACUUUAUCAAGAACCUACAACCGCGUACUUCGUACAAAUUUCGUCUGCUCAUUAGAUACCCUAAUUAUAAGAAAGACUUUGUUUGGCCACCCGAUGGGGGGUUCACGUUUCUGACAAUGGGUGAUGUACCAAGUGCGCCAGGAAUGCCUACAGUUACUAAGCUUCGCAAUUCCGUGUAUCAAUUAAACUGGGAACCUGCCCAGGCUCAUGGUUCACAGAUCACGCUAUACCGUCUGGAAGGGAUGAAAAUAAACGAGAUCAACGAACAAAUAGACUCGAGCGAUAAUACCAGCUGGAAACUGUAUUACAAUGGAACGGAUAAUUACUGGAUAAUCACGGGCGACAUGGACGACAAGUAUCGGUUCCGGGUUCAGGCUAAAAACGCGUACGGAUUUGGCCCAUGGAGCAGAUCCAGUCUCGUCAUUGAUUUAACUGAAACUACAGGAGGAAUAUUAGCGACACAACAGCAUCUUGGUUUGGUGCUGGGACUCAGCGUCCCUGUUAUCACCAUCAUGCUCAUCUGCUUUUGUUAUUUUCUUUGCCCAGUGUAUCGGCAACGCAAGGAGGACAAAAAGGCAGUUCUACCUCCGUUAGUAAGCGACGUAGAACUGGCGACUCUACGGGAGAUACCGAGAGGAAAUUUCGUUCAAUCCAACGCUCUUUAUGCGUCCACUUUGCAAACUGAUCCUGAUGACUCGACGUUGCCGAAAAUCAGAAGGGAACAAAUCACACUGGCCAAGUUUCUGGGCAGCGGGGCAUUUGGAGAGGUGUUUCAAGGUAACGCGAAAGAUUUGGAGAGACCAGGAAUCACCCCGGUUGCUAUAAAAACCCUACGAAAGGGAGCAUCGGCUCAGGAGAAGACCGAGUUCCUUCAGGAAGCCAGACUUAUGAGUCAUUUUCGGCAUAAACACGUGCUCAGACUUCUGGGAGUUUGUUUAGACACAGAUCCACCACUGUUGGUGCUGGAACUGAUGGAGGCUGGCGAUUUGUUAAGUUAUUUGAGAGCCAGCCGCUCGUUGCAGCCUUCCGAUCCACAUGCUCUGCGCUUGCAAGAUUUACUUGCCAUGUGCGAAGAUGUCGCUAGGGGAUGUCGUUAUUUGGAGGACCUGCAUUUUGUACAUAGAGAUCUAGCCUGCAGAAAUUGCCUGGUAUCUGCUAGGGAUCGAGAGAACCGUGUCGUUAAGAUCGGUGACUUUGGCCUUGCCAGGGAUAUAUACAAGAACGAUUACUAUAGAAAGGAAGGGGAAGGGUUGCUCCCCGUUCGUUGGAUGGCUCCUGAAUCAUUGGUGGAUGGAGUAUUCACUUCUCAGAGUGACGUUUGGGCAUUUGGAGUACUGAUGUGGGAAAUCACGUCGUUAGGGCAGCAACCGUAUCCUGCCAGGACUAAUCUAGAAGUAUUACACCACGUUCGUGCGGGUGGAAGGUUACCCAAACCUCUCAACUGUCCACCUGUUCUACAUCAACUGAUGCUGCGUUGUUGGAGUGCCGCUGAUGCCAGGCCGAGUUUCAAAGUUUGCCUUGAAAACAUAGUUAGUCUUCGUAGCACUAUAGAGGACGCGCCGUUAAGUCCGGUACACGCUGGUCAUUACCUGGCUAGAAGAGGCGUGUCUAACAUGGCUUACUUUGCCGACGAGAAUCAAAAUCAUAAUAAUUCAGGGAGCUCCUGGAAAUCGAGCAGUUCCGAAGGCAGUCGCGAUAUGCAACCAUUCCUUCAGAAUUCUCAUAACGCAGCCCUGACAUCGCAAUCCAGUGAUACACCGAAAUAUUUAGAGUUAUUAGCGGAUAACGAGGAUAUUAUUUUAAGGGAAAAUUCGACGAACGGAUACGAAGUGCCUCGAUCGAUCCAUAUCUCUCAUCCGAACCUGACUAAUACAACCAAACCUAGUACAAAUGGAGAUCUAAAGAAGAAUUUACACUCUGACCAAGAACAGAAAGGUACUUUGAGUGACACCAAAGAACAACUGGGGAAGAAAUGUGAUAAGAGAUCUUCGGUAUCCAGUUUAAGUUUACCCGAGCGUAAAAGAGCAUCGCUUGCAAGUAUGACUGAAAAGUCUAACGGUUCUGAUUGCUCGCAAUCAGGACCGACUGUUAAAACGAUCUUAAAAAGAGACUCCUUCACGUCUCUAACUGAUCAACGAAAGAAUAAAAGGAACAUAGUCGAACGACGAGGUUCGGAGAUAAGUUUAGAAGGUAGAAGUUCUAGUUCGUUAAGCUCCAGUAUCAGUUUAGCUCCACCAACACGACCUAGCUCAUCUUUAAUUAGUUCGCAAAAUGUUCUUCCUCUGAAGAACAGUGUUAUCGGUGGAGACACAAUGGCGAACGAUGGUAACGUUAAAAGCACAUUGCCAAAAAUUCAAAGGACUCAUUCUAAUUUACAAAAUGGUAAAGCCAACAUUCCUUUGGUGAUAAAUAGUGCAUUGUUAAAUUUAUUAAGACAAACUCCUGUCGUCGAAGACAGCAACAAUAUAGUCACGUAUACGAAUAUUAAUACGGAUGCCGUUAGAGUGAACGGAUCCUGAAGUUAUUGUUGUUAAAGGUGAGGAUGGAUUAAUUAAAGUCGUUAAAGCACAAUCGUAAGUUUCAGUUAUAACUGCACGAUGAAACUGGAAACGCGCGUCAAGUUCCAUAGUUCUAAACUGCCAUAUUAAUAUGUAAAUAUUUAAAAGUUUAAUACGUAUCAUUAAUUUGUAGGUAAAUUUGUGGCAGAAAUUUCUUUUUUUUUUUUACUGUAGCAGUUUUAGUUGUAAUCGGUGACUUGUUGUCGUAACACGUAAGAAACGAGAAUAGAUAUAGAGUAUUAUUAUAAAGUGAUCGAAAGUAAUAGUUUUAUACUUGUUAUCGCGACUAAUGUAUUUAUUUAAUUACGUAAAAGUAUGAUCAAAUUUUCACUGUUCAUUGUACAAAUUUCAUAUUCGGUGAUAUCGUAGGGUAAAAUAUAAAAAAUUAAUAUUUCAUGUUACAUAAGGAUUUGUUAAGUUUUAUGUAUAAAUUUAGUGAUUCUUAUUGAGAAUAGUACAAUUAAGAGUAAUACGUCUUCAAUUAUAUUAAAUUUUAUAUGACUGAACUGAUAGCGUUCUAAACUCGUAUUUUACAAUUUUAAUAAUACAUUCAUACAUUUUCAAGGGGACUGUAAAUACUUUACUCUCAAACAAAUUUAAUAUUUUUUUAAAUUUCGUAAAAGUAUUAGAAGAGUUAUAGGUAUACAAAUUGAAAGAAUAUACUGUGGUAAUUGUAGCAAUAAAAUUUGGAUAUUCUCCGAAAAUAUUUUGAUAAUUUUGUAAGACAAAAUUGUUUAGUUAUGAAAAUAAAAUAAAUGCAUUUACAAAAUCAAAUAAUCCGACAAGUUUUCUGAAAUAUUUUUUAGAGUCUUCCUAUUUAAAUAUUGUCUGAAUACUGUUAGUUCCUCGAAAUAAUUUUUUACCGAGAGUAAAUCAACUCUUGUAAAUACCUUUUAAUAUCACAUUAAAAAAUGUAUAUGGCAAAGGAAGUAGUAAUCGUAUGAAUAUUGUAUGUUAUACAUACACGUUUAUAUUAACUCACACAUAUUACUUGUUAUCGAAUCACGCAAUUUAUGAAAUUUACCGUCUAAGUUCGGGCUAAAUAAAAGUUUCGAUGUAAAUGAAUAAACAUUGUUCAAAUAUUA